UGAAUCACACACACAGCCAUACUUAUCCAUACUGGUGCUCAGUAGUAGCAGAGGGACUUGGCCCUGGGCACUGAUCAGUCACCAUGCAGGAGUUUGAUAUCAUAGUGUUGGGUACAGGACUGAAGGAAUGUAUUCUCUCUGGCUUGAUGUCAGUGGGUGGGAAGAAGGUCCUUCACAUUGACCGCAACCCUUACUAUGGUGGAGAGAGUGCCUCUAUCUCCUCCCUAGAAGAGCUAUAUAAGAGGUUUCAGGUUCCAUGUCCAGCUAAGCCAAUGGGACGUGGGAGGGACUGGAAUGUGGACCUUGUUCCCAAAUUUCUACUUGCCAGUGGUCAGCUGGUUAAAAUGCUGGUGUACACCAAGGUAACUCGGUAUCUGGACUUUAAGGUGGUGGAGGGCAGCUAUGUGUACAGGGCUGGUAAAGUCCACAAGGUCCCUUCAACUGAGGCAGAAGCCCUAGCUUCAGAUCUGAUGGGGAUGUUUGACAAGCGCAGGUUCAGGAAGCUUCUUCUGUUCCUUCUGAACUUUGAGGAGAGAGACCCGCGGACCUACCAGGACAUGGACCCCAACAGGACCAGCAUGAGGGAGCUGUUCCGCCACUUUGACCUGGGACCAGACAUCAUGGAGUUCACUGGUCACGCCAUGGCCCUGUACCGCAGUGACGAUUACUUGGACCAGCCGUGCAUCCAGACCAUCAGACGGAUCAAGCUGUAUUCUGAGUCUCUGGCUCGGUAUAACUUCAGUCCGUACCUCUAUCCACUGUAUGGGCUAGGGGAAUUACCUCAGGGCUUUGCCAGGUUAAGUGCAGUGCAUGGAGGAUCCUACAUGUUAAACAGGGGAGUGGAGGAGAUUGUGAUGGACAAGGGCAAAGUGGUAGCAGUGAAAUCUGAGGGAGCGCUGUUCCGCUGUAAACAGCUGAUCUGUGACCCCAGCUACGUGCCCAACCGGGUGAAGAAGGUGGGCCGGGUCAUUCGGGUCAUCUGUUUACUGAAUCAUCCAAUCAAAAACACCCAUGAUGCCAACUCCUGUCAAAUCAUUAUCCCUCAAACACAAGUCCACAGGAAAUCAGAUAUCUAUGUAUGUAUGGUGUCCUACGCUCACAAUGUGGCAUCAGAGGGGAUGUAUAUUGCAAUGGUGAGCACCACUGUAGAGACCAGUAACCCAGAGAAGGAAGUGCAGCCUGGGUUAGAACUACUAGAGCCCAUUCAGCAGAAAUUUGUUUCUAUCAGCAACAUGAUGGUCCCCAUUGACGAUGGAAGGAACAGUCAAAUCUUUGUGUCUCGCUCCUAUGAUGCCACGACACACUUUGAGAUGGAGUGUGAGGACAUCAAGGAUAUGUAUCGCCGCAUCACAGGAUCAGAAUUCAUCUUUGGUGACUUACGCAAAGACUGUGGUGGUGAUGAUGAUGACGACGAGGACUAAGGGACACUAAGUGGAGUUGCUACCAUUUUUGUCUUGAGUGGCUCAGUUGACAGAGCAUAGUCCUUGCAACACCAGGAUCCUGGGUUCAAUUCCCUCUAGGGCGGGCCACCCAUCCAAAAAUGUAUGCACACUCAUGUAUAACAACGUCAGCAAAUAUGACAUUACUAUUAUAUUGCGGCUGUCUAAAAUGUCCUGGUUUUUACUGUUUUUUGAAGCAACCCUUCGAUUCACCUCGUAUCUCCCAAAAUGCCCAGCUUCACAGCUAAUCUAUCAGUCCUAUUUAUCAUGUGCUUUAUGUGGUAGAUGCUCUCGUACUCUGAUGGCAUUGAGACUGGAGAGUGGUAAAGUGAAAUAACUCAGUCGAUUUAAUACCCUGUCUAAUAAACACCACACUUUAUUAGACUGUGGUAAAUGUAAAA